AUGGUUUCGUUCUUCAUCGUCCUCUUUUCCUUCUUUUUCCUCAGCAUCCAUGUCUCUACCACCGAUACGAUCUCCGCUGACUCCACUCUCUCCGGAGACCAGACAAUCUUCUCCUCCGGCGGAACUUUCAAAAUGGGUUUCUUCCAACCAGGUAACUCUAAAAACUUCUACAUAGGUAUGUGGUACCAACAACUUCCUGUACAAACAGUCGUCUGGGUAGCUAACCGUGACAAACCAGUCUCCGACAAGAACACAGCAGUUCUCAAAAUCUCCAACGGUAACUUAGUUCUACUCGAAGGAAACAACCAGACUCCGGUUUGGUCCACGGGUCUCAACUCUUCCUCUGCUGCUCUCGAUGCGGUCUUGCAAGAUGACGGUAAUCUUGUUCUCAGAGACGACUCAGGCUCUGUUCUAUGGCAAAGCUUCGAUCACCUCGGUGACACGUGGCUUCCAGGAGCCAAAAUCCGGUACGACAAACGAACCAAGAAAAGUCAACGACUCACGUCGUGGACGAGUCUUGAAGACCCAUCACCAGGCUUGUUCUCUCUCGAGUUAGACGAGUCAACAGCUUACAAAAUCCUCUGGAACGGGUCAACUCAGUACUGGUCAAGUGGUCCUUGGAACAAUAAGAGCAAACUCUUCGAUUCAGUUCCGGAGAUGAGACUCAACUACAUCUUCAAGUACAGCUUUUUCUCCAACGCAACAGAAUCAUACUUCACUUACUCGAUGUAUGACCCUAGGAACAUCUCACGACUCGUCAUGGACGUUUCGGGACAGGUUAAGCAGUUAUCUUGGUUAAAUAACAACGACCAGUGGAACUUGUUUUGGUCUCAGCCUCGACAACAAUGUCAAGUCUACGCAUACUGUGGCUCCUUUGGGAUUUGCAAUGAAAAAUCUCAGCCUUUUUGCCAAUGCCUUCAUGGGUUUAGGCCCGACUCACAAAAAGAUUGGGACUUGAUGGAUUACUCGGCAGGCUGUGUUGGAAAGACUGAGCUACAAUGCUCUCGUGGAGUCAUUAACCAGUUUAUGCCUCUUACCAACGUGAAACUACCUGACAAUUUUGAGGUAUGGGGCAUAACGAGUUUUAGUAUUUGUGGAUCGACUUGUCUAGGGAACUGUUCUUGUAUGGCUUACGCACAUGAUGAAAGCUCGAAUCGAUGCUUGAUGUGGACUAAUGAUGUCUUGAAUCUUCACCAACUCGAAAAAGAUAACAGUGAGGGGAAUACACUUUAUCUUAGACUCUCUGCUUCGGACAUGCCUAAUAGUUCUUCUUCCGGUAAGAGUAACAAAGCGAUGAUUUUGGCGCGGUUCUAGGUUCGUUAGGGGCGAUAGCUCUUGUUCUGUUGGCGGUAAUCAUAAUGUUAAGGUACUGUAAGAAAAAAAAAUGAGAGGAGAGAAGAGUGAGGGAGCAUUGUGAUAAGCUACGUCAAUGUUAUAUACGUAACAGGAAGGAGCAAAACAGAGGAGGUGUGACUAAGUGAACCAAUUGGGAAAGCUGGGCUGAACUAGAGAAGCUUAUUCAUUGUUUUACUUUUUAAUGUCAUUCACUUAAAUUAGUAUAAGAAGAAUGCUGUUGCAUUCUGUUGGAAUUAGCUUUUGAAUUCCAUGGUGAUGUAUUUCCUUUUUUUUUGCAAAUUAGAUCUAACGACAAGGUAUCACCAAAUUCAUAUGGAAACAAAUGUUCC